GGGGAGCAGCAGCCGGCUGACAGCGCCUCUCCAGCCGGGGUCCUUUGCGUUCCGCGCUGCAGCUCGGAGGCCAGGCGUGCUGAGCUGACACGAGCAAGGCGUGGCAUUCAUAUAGCAUUACACCGCCAUGGGCGUGUUCCCCCGCAGCUGCCACACCGCUGACUCCUACCGAAAUGUGUACUUUAUUCAGAAUCAUGUAUUGCAUUGGUUUGAGCCUGUGGAUGUGUAAUUGUCUGUUCCUCUCAGAAGCAGCCAGGUCAGGGUUUCGCCCCGAGCCUCAUUUAGAAGUCAUUUCAAAUUCAGCAUCAUCAGACAUGCAGGCCUGCCAUCUGUCUGUCUGUCUGUCUGUCUCGUGUGUCCGUCUGUCUUACUUGUCCUCCUGCUAGACUGCUUCACGGUCUGACUUCUUGAAGGGUGAUUUAAUUCAUCCACUCUGUGCUGUGUUGGAGCUGGACUGAGCAGUGUUAGCAGACCAAAGAUGGAUCAGUUGUCAGACGAAGAGGUGGAGGUCAGGGAUGAGGAGGAGGAAGAAGAGGACAGUGAUAAGGACGACCAGGACCUGGAUAAGAUGUUUGGAGCCUGGCUGGGAGAGCUGGACAAACUCACACAGAGUCUGGAUGAUGGUCGCCCAGAACAACCUCCUCAGCAGAAAGCUCCCCUCAGACAAGAUGCCAACAUGGCCAACUUCUCCUACAGAUUCUCCAUCUACAACAUCAACGAGGCGCUGAAUCAGGGGGAGAACGUGGAUCUCGAUGCUCUCAUGGCUGAUCUCUGCUCAAUCGAACAGGAACUCAGCACCAUCAACACCAAACCCAACAGCGCUGGCAGCAUGGCUCGCCUGGGCUUGACCGACACCAAGGUCCGUCAGAAGCCUCCAGCAGGCCGCAGCAGCAGGCAGCAGCCAGCAGGCAGCAGCAGUAGUGGUGGUGGUGGAGGUAGUAGUAACAGUGUUAGCGGUGGUGGGGGCAGCAGCGGGGCUAGCAGUAGCAGCAGCAGCACUAGAGCAUCACCGGCAGGCACUAUCAGAGCUCCCACCGGGCAUCAUGGAAGACCGGCACUGGCUUCUAACUUCAGCCUUGACGACAUCACUGCCCAGCUGGAGAAGGCGUCUCUCAGUAUGGAUGAAGCUGCUCGUCAGACCUCCUCCCACUCUCUUAGCUCCGCUUCCUCCUAUACAUCAGCCACAAUGCGACGGCCUGGGUCCUCUCAGCGCCAGCAUCGACGCACUGGAUCAGUUGGCACAGUCAGCGACCAUGAGGUGCGUUCGAUUGUUCACUCCUCACGCUCCUCCGUCACCUCAGCAUCCGGGGUUUCCGUUAACUCUGCUUCUUCCAUGGACUCGCUGGACAGUGUUCUUCGCUCCAAUGAGUCAGACAGUCAGCAGUCUUCAGUUACGCCCUCAGCCGGAGCCAGUCAAGGUCAUCACAACACAGAGCACUCCUAUCUGGACAGGGAAACCUCUCUGAUUCUGAGAAACAUAGCGGGAAAACCUUCCCACCUGCUGACCAAGGAGGAGCAGGCUGCCAAGAUGAAGGCGGACAAUAUCCGAGUCGCCCUUGAGAAGAUCAAGGAAGCCCAGGUUAAAAAGUUGGUGAUUCGCGUUCACUUGUCAGACGAGAGCUCAAAGACCAUGAUGGUGGACGAGAGACAGACAGUCAGACAGGUUUUGGACAGUUUGCUGGAGAAAUCUCACUGUGGUUACAGUCCAGACUGGUCACUGGUGGAAACCAUCAACGAACUGCAGAUGGAGCGGAUUUUCGAGGAUCAUGAGAACCUGGUUGAGAACCUGUUGAACUGGACCAGAGAUAGCCAGAACCGCCUGAUGUUCACCGAACGCAUCGAGAAGUAUGCCCUGUUCAAAAAUCCACAGAACUAUUUGUUGGGGCGGAAGGAGACAUGUGAGAUGGCCGAAAGAAACAAAGAGGCACUGUUGGAGGAGUGUUUUGGCGGCAGCUCAGUGUCUGUCCCCGAGAUGGAGGGAGUGCUGUGGCUGAAAGAGGAUGGGAAGAAGUCGUGGAAGAAACGCUACUUCCUGCUGAGGGCUUCUGGCAUCUACUACGUCCCCAAGGGAAAGGCCAAGGCGUCCAGAGACCUGGUGUGUUUUCUCCAGUUGGAUCACGUUAACGUGUACCACGGCCAGGACUACAAGAGCAAGUUCAAGGCUCCUACAGACUACUGCAUGGUGCUGAAGCACCCUCAGAUCCAGAAGAAGUCUCAGUACAUCAAGUACCUCUGCUGUGAUGAUGUCAGGACCCUCCAACAGUGGAUCAACAGUAUUCGCAUCGCUAAGUACGGGAAGCAGCUGUACAUCAAUUUCCAGGAGGCAAUGAGAAGGACAGAGGCGGCCUAUGAUUGGUCCUCCCUCUCUUCCUCCUCCAUCAAGUCAGGAUCGAGCUCCUCCAGCCUUCCAGAGUCCCAGUCCAACCACUCCAGCCAAUCGGACAGCGGAGUAUCAGAGAUGACAUCAUCAGGCCACACCCGCUCCCAGAGCGUCGUCAGCUCCAUCUUCUCCGACGCCUGGAGGAGAGGGACGCAAGGAGAGAUGAUGAAGAUCGACCCUAUCAGUAGGCCCAUCCCUCUCCAGAUACCUUCCCUCUCUCCCCAGCCUCUCCCCCUCUCCCAGCCUCAGACCCCACCCUCCCGGUCCAGCUAUACCGACGGCCUCAUCCCAUCUGAGGACUCCUCCCCGUCACCGCCCUCGCCUCCUCCACCUCCGCCUCCGCCCCCCAUCGCAAGUGUGGCCCACCAGCCAGCACCUACCUCCUCAUACAUUAAGUACAGCACGCUGGCUCGACUGCAGAGCCAGAACCAGAACCAGUCCAGGACACAGCCGGCAGGAGCCACUCCACCUUCUCUUCCCAUCCAGUUUGCCAAACCAAACUACAACACCCUCCCAGCUGCUUACAGCACCUCUCCUCCUCUACCACCCUCACCUCCCCCUCCUCCUCCACCCGCAGUGCCGGCUCCUGGCUCAGCUAUGGCCGCACUGAUGUUUGGUCCAUCAAGCCCUUCCGCUCUCCCGCCACCACCCCCACUGGAGGAGGACAUGCAGGAGCCCUACAACCUCCCACCUCCUCCACCAGAGAGCCUGGAGACCAAUGGGUUGCCUCUGCCCCCACCACCAGAGCACAUCCUCAACUCCUGCCCUCAACUCUCCAACAGUGGCCUCCAGCAGUUCCUGGCACAGAAGUUUCCCAACAUGGUCUACGACUUCAGCCCACCUGUGGGUGAGGAGAAUUCUCAGCCUCCUCCACUUCCAUCCGAGCUUUCUCCUCCUACCUCCCUGCAAGUUCUUCGGCCUCUGUCCCCCAAUGCGCCCCCUCCUGCACCUCCCAAAACCUUCACUGGUGGGUUUCCCCCUCAAACUGCUCCCAAACCCUCGGGUCCGUCUUCCCUCCCAAUUGCCCUCUCACCUGUGUCGCCAACGCAGCCGCACAGUGGCCACGGGCCAGUUAAAAAGCAGCAGAGUUUUUCAACAGGACAUUCCCCAAAUCAGCCACCUCCCACUCUGCCAAAGCAGCACAGCCUCUCCUCCAAAAACCUUGCCCUCUCUCCCUCGUCCUCCUCUUCUUCAGUCUCCAUUGCGGCAGCUACCUCCUCUCUGGUCAAACAGAUUGUCAAUCAAUUCCCGGGAAACUCUGCCCCUUCCUCUCUGCCUGCCUCCAACUCCAUGGAAGGAUCGAAGUUCACUGCUCCUCAGUCUCCUCCAGCGGUCAAAGCCAAACCAAAAUGGCAGCCAGGAGGCGUUGUGGCUCCACAGUCCCCAGAGUUCCCCCCACCUCCUCCUGACAGCUCACUGGGAGAUUUCCCUCCACCUCCCUCUUCAUCCUCCUCCAAGACAGGCUCCCCCAUAAAGAAGUCGCCUUCCACCUCAUCCACGGGAUCCACCAAGCGGGGGCCUCCACCGACCCCGCACAGAGCUUCCUCCAUCCGGUCCAGCUCAUCGAGUGAGACCCAGGAUGAGAGGCCAAAGAAGGUGGAGAGCCUGGUCAAUAAAUUUGGCCAAGCUCCUCAAACGGGUACUUCAUCCAGCUCCUCGUCAGUGACUGGGUCUCCUUCAAAAGAGUCCUCCGCACUUCCUGCUCCGCUCCCUAAACCGGGCAAGCUGAACUUGGCAAACCUGCCGUUGGCGCUGCAGGGGUUGCAGACGGGCCAGCACCAUCAGCCCACUGAGUUCCCAUCCCCUCUUCCGCCACCUCCCCCCUCCCAGCCUGCUCACCUGGACUCAUCACCUGACUACUUCCCGCCUCCCCCCAGUGACUUUGAGCUUUUCCCUCCUCCUCCCCACCCAUCAGAGUUCCACCACCCCCCAAAGGUCGCCGUGGUGAACCCUCAGCCUCAGAUGCAGCCACCUCAACAGUCGGCAACCUCCUCCUUGACAUCGUCGUCAUGGAAACAAGGCUCACUGAAAAAGGGGGCAAUCCCUCCGCCAGCACUGAACCGGCGGACCAGCAACACCACCCAGUAUGACAAUACAAUUUCAAUGCCCCUCUCGCCGCCCCCUAUGUCUCAGACCCCACCUCCCUCUCUGUCCUCUUAUUCUUCCUCCUCCUCUCCUGUUCCCCCCACCUCCCCGAAAUCAGCGGGGCCAAGCUCCCUGGCACUAAAGCCUCUCUUCCUGGAAGACCUCAACCGCACCCUUAAGAGGAAGUCGGUGUCCCGCCAUGGCUCACUCACCUCUUCCCACCUCAUCCCCUCCUCUAAGAUGGAGCCUGUGGGCACCAUGGACGACAUGGCACUCCUCCCGCCUCCUCCCCCCGAGCUCCUGCAGCAGCAACAGCAGCAGGGAGUCCGAGGACACUCCCAGACUUUGUCUCGCCACCACACACACUCCCACUCCACCAAACAUGCCAACAUCUCAGGCUAUGCAACGCUGCGGCGAGGCCCGCCUCCCGCUCCUCCAAAACGGGACCAAAGCACCAAACUGACCAGUGAUUGGUAGGGAGCAAGGACACUGGGUGGAGCCUAAAAAACUGAACUGACUAUUUAGGUCUCAUUGUUCCUGCAGAGAAGAAGUAAUCAGUGUCUGUCUUGACUUGUCCGUCUCUCCUCAUCCUAAACCAUCCACCCUUGGAUUCCGAGCAAGUAGCAAGCCGUCUUUCCUACUCUUAAUCUCAGAUUAUGAUUGUUCCUAUUAUCCUCAUUAUUAUUAUCAUCCUCAUUAUUACUACCAUUACCAAUACAUGUUUAAUCCAAUGACAUGAGUAAAAAUAUAUAUAUGUAUAUAUAUAUAUCUGUAUACAAGCAAGCCAGAAAAAUCACCUAUCGAGCUUUUUUCACAAUGUCUGUGCAGCUUUGCAUUGAAAUAUACAAAAGACAAGACUUGAACGACAACAGCAACAGAGACUAUUUGCUGCAAAAUAACUGGUACUGCAUGGAGCCGCGGCAAUGGAAGUAGCGCUACCGAUGAAGGGAAGGAGGUAUUCAUGGAAGGAACGAGAGACGCAAAAGUUGGACGUGUAUAGAAAUGUAUGUUGUGAACUUCGGGGGUGGGAGCAUUGCCAUUUAUUUCAAACCUUUUUGUGUGUGUGUUUUUAUAUAAGAUUAUUUAAUACUGGAAAGAUAUUGUUAUUAUAAUUAUUUUAAGUUUUUAAGAUGUGUCAAAAGAGAGAGUUUGGCUGGACAUGGGUCUGUAUUGUCAAAAUAUGUCAAAGUGUUGAUCUGAGCUGGUUUUACGAAGACUAUAUUUGGAUCAUUUCAUCAAAUCAUAUUUCUUUAAAUUUAGAACUUUGUGGCUGAUUGGCUGUUGACUCCCAAGGCAUACGACUUAAUACUUAAUUGUACUAGAAGGAGGUGGUAACUGGUUCUGAUACAGUCUCAGUUGACCUAUAUAAACAAACAAGACCAUAAGCGACUGUCUAUUCCUAUAGUGUUAUUCGUAACACCUUCCACCAGGUCGGAUUCCUUUUGAAAUCAAUGAAAGCAGGCGGUAGGCACACUACCGCUUUCAUCCACAGGGGCCGCCAGAAUCAACACAAAAAGAAAGUUCCUUGUAGGGGCUUUAAAUGCACACCGAUUUAACUAAAUAUUUCCUAGUCAGCUAGAGCUAGGCUGUGCUCAGAUUACAGGUGAUUCGACAUCAAACAGCCUCAAUUACACAAUAUUACUACAAUUAUUGCACCAGAAGGAACUAUACACCAGGAUCUCCUCUCAUGUUUGCUUACCUCUGUAAAGUUCAAUGUCUUGAAGGACCAGCCCUUCCUCCACCUCAGCAGUCCAAUAACCUGUGCACAUUUAAAGUGUUAUUAUCACAAUGCUUUAUCAGGACUGUCGACCAGAACCUUCUUUAAACUAAGCUCAGCCUACAGUUAGGUUGCAACAACAAACCAAUUUGGAAGCAUAUUGUUUAAACACUCUGUUCUUUUCAUUAAUCAGUCAGUCAGGUAAUUCUAUCCUAGCAGAGGAAACAGCUAGUCAACUGUAAUGAACUCUGAAAGAAGGUAACCAUCACUUGAUCAAUCAGUCGCUUGUUUGUCAUCUUUGCUAGUUAUGAAAGGUGUGUGUCCACUUGCAUCUUAAGUGAUCAGAGAAGCCCGAAGGGGAACAAGUGCCUGAAAAACAAAAAGCUCAUACUGCUCACAUGUAACAUCAUUCCCCGCUGUGACACCGACCAUCUAACCUCGGACAUUCUGAAGCCAGGAGUUGAGGUUUACAAUUCACACACUGCCAGCUUUGUCACAUAUCGCAGCCAGAAUCCACAUUUGGGCAAAAAGAAGGAAGCCUGGGGGGGAGCUGAUGUGGGACAACAAGCAGCAACUAUCACGGGAGAGAGCGUGAGCGUAGGCGGCGUUGGGGCAUAAAUUAUUAUUUAAUUGCUCCAUUUGACAAACAUCAUGAACCUUACUCAACUCAAGUUAAAAUCUAAUUUAGUAUUCUUAUUCUUCACACAAAGUAACAUUCAUUUAUCCAGAGCUCAUGUGAAUGAAAAUGUGUUUGCAUGUCUAUAAGCUGAGGCAGAGAUCUCAACCCUGUAAUUAUAUUUUAACAACACAGACAUAAUUCAUAGUGAGUUGAAAAUAAAAUAAUUAUAGCUUUUUCACAACAACAAGGAACCGACAGCAGGUUACACUAUACACAGUAUGUGUGUAAGCUAGAUACAGAAGGCGCUGACCAGAGCACUGCAAGAAAUAAGAGGAAAGGUGUGUGCACAUGACGUAGUGAGAGCUUCAUCAGCCUGCGCUGGAUAUCAAUGUGUGGGUGCUGAAUGUCAGAUCUGCUACUGAACUCAGAUCAGUAUGUGACACUGACAGCACUACAGCUACAUGAGGUAGCUGGUGAGGUCACUUAUUUUUUUUCAGUAAUUUGGGGGAAUCUAGCUAGCCUCUUAAUAGUGCCGCCUAUGAGUUAGAGGAUAAGACAGCAUUCAGGCAAGAACCUUAAUUCUCAUUAAUGAAAUAGCCUGAAAAUAAUCAUGACAGGUCAGUAAUUACAGGAGUCUCUUGUCGAGUCCUUUAAGACUGCAACCGUCCUGAGCUCCACAUCCCGUUAUAUUCUUUGUUUUUCACUCUGAGUCAUUUCUGUGUUUUGCCUGUUGUCGCUGUGGUAAACAAUAAGAUUGUUAUUUUAAUCUCCAGAAUCAUCCGCUGAGAUUUUUGCUAAAUUUCAACCAGAUUUUAAACUGAUAUUUAGUGUUGACUUUAGUUUCCUUUCAUUUGACAUGUUUUAUAAUUAUUGAAGUAAAUCAGGAAGCAAAUAUGGCAUUCAGUGGUUGCAGCAUCUCAAAUAUGAAUAUUUAUUGGUAUUAGUCGUCUAUGAUGAAAACAACAUGAUCAUUUUAAAUACGUCAGUGUGAGCUCUGAGAAGUUGUGAUGCAGAUUUGUCACUACAUUCUGAGCCUGCUGACAUUAAAACUUAAGUGCUUGGAGACUCCCACACAUAAAAAGAAGAGCGCUCUUAUAAAAGAAAAAACAAGCUGGUGUGGGGAGGUCGUUGCAAGCACUCUAAAAGCAGUGGCACUUAGAAAGAUGCCUAACGGAUACACCCUGAGUCACUUUGGGAAUUAGCUAUCUAGUUAGAGUACAUCAUUUCAGACAGGUAUGAUUCUGGUUUUAAGCAACAUGUUUAGACAAAUGUUGUCUGGUAGUCAGUUAGGUAGUCACAGUAGUAUCUAGCCAGCUGGAUAAACCCAGUCGGUUCAGUAGUUAGCCAAUCUGCUGCUCCAUCCAAGCAUCCUCCCGCACUCAUACAGUCACAGAAACACAGUCUGUCAUUUGUCAGUGUCCAGAUCAGCUGAUAAAGGCUUCCUAAACACAUUUUCUGGUCAUAGUUUUUAUAUUUCAUGUGCAGCUGAACCUAGGUCUGUUUCUACCUUCCUGUUUUUAUCAUCCUUGCAAUCACUAGAUUAAAUUAUGUGCAUGACAUGUCAACACCGGUGCAGCAAGAUGCCAAAAAAUUUGAUAUUACUGCCCCAGUUUUGAUUUUUAAUGUGCAAUUGUUUCGGUUUUUGAAGUACUCUGAUUUCACUGUAAUGUAUAAUUGUUGUUACAAAUGAUUUCAACUGGUUUUUACAUCAAAUCUGUCUGUUGUGAUAUCGUGGAAGGGGAGAAUUCACCCGAGAGAAGUACUUCCUAUGCCCACUGCCCUGCAGGAGAAGAAUCACUAGGCAUACAUCAUGGUGUAUUUCAGUGACACUGAACAACAUACAGUUUCAAACUGAUCAAUGUCUUGAAAUGUCUUGCUCAAGGACACCCAGCAGAGCACAUGGCUGUUGUUGGUGUCAAACCUGCUGUUGCAUUUAAAAUAAAAGAGUCGAACCGAA